CCGCGAAACGAUCUUAUAUCGCGCGCAGUGUUCGCCGCACCGCAGUCGUUGAACGUGCAAUCCAUUCGUACUGAACCAUAUUAUUUAAAUUCGACGGCGAAUAGUGCACUGGUAUAAUUUAAUAUAUAUUAUAUUAUUACACGUAGCUAGUGAUAAUAAACAUACCUAACCAGCUAUAGGUAUUACCUAAGUACCUAAAUAUAUAUUAUACUCGGCUUGUAAAAGCGUCGACCACACUAAGCCGUCGUGAUUAUACCGCGGUAUCCGCGGCAGGAUGAAGGAGGUACUGUUGGUGGCCCUGUUGUCCGUUGUUUGGUCGCUGCGACCCAUCGGUGCGGCGGACGUCGUGCAGAUAAAAACGGCGGCACACGCGCCCGAAGCUAGGACUAACGACGACGACGACCGUUCGCCGCCGUCCUCCUCAGUGUCCGACGGCGGUGACGUUAACAACGGCACGUCACCGUGCGACCGGUACCUUAGAUCGGCUGAGGUGGAGGUGCGGAACCCACGGAACCACAAGUUUGUCACGUCCAACGGCUGGGCAGAACGUCAGCGGCCCCGGCCCGAGAUCAGCGUGUACUCGCGGGUUGAAGAGCUACCGUCGCCUCAGCCACCUGCAGCGACGGCCGGCGCAGCGUUCUAUCAUCAGCAGCGAGACAGUAGCUUUUACCAACACUCGCGCCAGCAGCAGCCGGCCGUGCAGAGGACGUCCAAGCGGAUCAUCUACUAUGCGACGUUGCCCGAUGUCAUCCGGCCGCCGGCCGGUUACCCUCCUCCCUCGGCCGCUUAUUCGGCUGAUCCGUUCGCGCUCGGUCCCGGCCCAUUUUCCGCCGAUUUCCGACAACUGCAGGACUCCAACAGGAAAUUUCCACCGGAUAGCUUGCAGCGCAGCCGAUUGACGUCCUACGAAAACGCCUACAACCGUGGUGGUGGUAUGCAAGGGGGUGGUGGUGUCAGUAUCGGCGGUGGUGGCAAUGGCGUCACGUCGGUCACAUCCAAGUCGACGGCCGUGUACAACAGCAGAUAUGACGAACCGGCCGAGUUCCGCGACUCGUAUUACCGGCCCAACGAGCUAACGUCCAAGUUCGCGUCGUGGGCCGAACCAUUCUACAAGAGCUGGUCGUCGUCGUCGUGGGACAAGGACCGGGCGUCGUUCAGCAACAAAAACAGAGGUUCACCGUCGUUCUCGUGGGACAGGGAACCGCAAACCAGGGGAAGUGGUUCGUGGGACAGGGAGCCGCUCAAUAGAGGUGGCGGCUCGUGGGACAGAGAGCCGCUCGGCGGGGACGGUGGCAGCUCGUGGGACAACAGGGGAUCGUCGUGGGACAACAGGGGCUCAUCGUGGGACAAGGAUCUAGUCGAAGUGCCGUUGCAAAAGCCAUACAGAGGUGGUGGUGGUAGCGGUGGUGGCGGAAAUAACAACUUAUACAACAACGACAAGUAUCCGGAAGUGGCGGUCGUCCAUUCUGGAGUGAUCGAUGUAAGGGGCGAUCGGCAGCAGAACGGCUCACCACCACUCGCCCCGCCACCGAGGUUCACGAUCAUCGAUGUCGAUCCAAAACCGUACCACGAUCAGCAGCCACCGACGAUGCGGUACGACGAGCGCAGCAAGCCGAUGGUACAGCAGCAGCACAUGCGGUAUGAACCGCCACAAAAGCCAAUGCGUUACGAAGCGUACAUGCCGAUGAACACGCGCAUCGAACAGCAACAGCCAAUGCCGCCAUCCAUGCGGUUUGAACAGCAGUACCGGUCCCCACAACAGCAACAGCCGACGUCUACUCGGUACGGGCAGCAACAACAAACACAGAACAAACCGCCGUCAAACGGCUACUACGAGAGUAUAAAAAACAACAUCAACACUCAUCAAUUCAUGACAAGUUGGACCGAAGUAUCGACUCAGGACGAAGUAUCGCCCACGCAUUCCGUGAGCAUAGAUAUUGCUACGAUCGGUAAUUCAACUAGCGUUCAAAACAAUACCAGGAUCACUCCAAAUGAAAAUACUACAAAAAUACCAAAAUGAAAGGUGUUAAUAAUAAAUGUAUAAGAUAUUUUAGGUAAUAUAUUUGUAAUAUUGGAUUUUAUAUAAAUAACAAUUCGCGAGCAUAAUAACUGUUACAUCAAACAAUG